AGUGACGGUCACGUGACGCCGCUUGUUAUGGAGCCGGCUGGGUAGUUCCGUUCCGUUCUGUGGUGGUCAUGGCGGCGGCCUCUGGGGCAGGCUGUUAGGCUGAGCCUGCUCUCUCGUCGGACAUCUUCCCGCUUUCCUGUCACUCGUGCGUUCCUGUGGAGAAUAAGUCCAGCAUCUAUGGCGCAGAGGAAGCGGGGUCGGCCCCGUGCCUCCCAGAACACUUCACUCCAUCAGGAUGGCGAUGUGGAUAUGGAGGAAGAAAUUUCGUUCACUCAAACCCAGACGCUGACACAGGCGCAGAGGAAUUUGGAGAAGCAUUCUCCUGAGCAAGUGAGCCUGAAGGUUGGAGAGCUGGUUCAGUACCUGCUGAUCAAGGACCAGAAGAAACUGCCCAUUAAGCGUGCAGAUAUUGUAAAGAAUGUGGUGAAAGAAUACAAAGAUGUUUAUCUUGAAAUUCUUCAACGUGCCAAGAAGGCAUUGCUAGACGUUUUUGGUUUUCAGCUGGAGGAAAUUGACACCAAGAACCAUAUUUAUAUCCUUAUAAAUAACUUGGACCGCGUGGACGGAGACGAAAUGAAAGUGGAUGAGAAUACCGCAAAAAUGGGCUUACUGACAGUCAUCCUGAGCCUAAUCUUCAUGAAGGGGAACACUGCUAAAGAGGCUGCCAUCUGGGAGACCCUGCGUCGUCUGCGCAUUGAGCCAAGUGAGCAACACACAGACUUUGGAGAUGUGAAAAAACUUGUGACGGAUGAAUUUGUAAAGCAGAAAUACCUAGAAUAUAUUAAAAUCCCCCACACAGAGCCCCCAGAGUUUGAAUUCCGGUGGGGCCCAAGGGCAUUUAAAGAAACCUCCAAAAUGAAAAUCCUGGAGUUCGUCUCUGAGAUUCAGAAAAAGGAUCCGCAGUCCUGGAUGACACAGUACAAAGAUGCCCAGGAGGGCAGCAGGUCGCCCGCAGCCUCACAGUCAACGAGACGUCGAUCGGCUCAUACGCCGUAACAAAGGGCACACACACAGGGUCGCUUUUGGGGCUUUUAUUAGUACACAGUGCCCUCCGGUGGCAAAGAUGCAAAAUUACCACUGUCAGAGUUAACGUAUUUACAUCUGUCUAGUUCAGGUGCAUCUUCCAUGUUAAAUCUGUUUUAAGAUGAUGUAGAAUAAAACCUUGUUAAACGCCUUG